UUGUGUUUAAUGUUCAUGCGGCGGUUAGGCGGAAGGAUAUAUGCUGUUUGUAAAUACCGGCGGCGGCUGAGGUCAGCGGCGCUACUGCGGACCGAUGAACCGCCUUUUGUUCUGACUCACAUGUUCGAACCGCUGAUGGAGUUCAAGCGCGUUUUAGUCGCAUUCCGCCCGUGAGCAAGGGCGCGUGCUGUUAAGUGUUUUCCACCCGACUGUUUUUUUUUUUCAGGGUGCGUUUUCGCUUGUUUCUGCGGGUGCAGACAAGUCAGCGGCACCAUGCUGCUCUCGAAACUGGGCUCCUUCUCGCCGAGCGUGGAUCUACCGGCGAAGUUCCACCUGCAGCAGCAAGCCAAAGUGGAGAAGCAGCCGUUUGAGAAACUGUACCAGCUGGGCUCGGUGCUCGGCAGCGGAGGGUUCGGCACCGUCUACUCUGCUGUCCGCCUGGCUGACGGGCUGCCGGUGGCAGUAAAACACGUGUGCAGGGACAGAGUGACAGAGUGGGGCACCUUGUGCGGAGCUGUGGUUCCCCUGGAGAUUGUGCUGCUGCAUAAGGUGGGUGGGGUGUUUAGCGGCGUGGUGAGGCUGUUGGACUGGUCGGAGCGGGUGGACGGCUGGUUGAUGGUGAUGGAGUGCCCCGAGCCGGCUCAGGACCUGUUUGAUUACAUCACGGAGCACGGCGCGCUGGACGAGGCCGCGGCACGAGGCUUCUUCCAGCAGGUGCUGGAGGCGGUGCGUCACUGCUACACCUGCGGCGUCAUCCACCGAGACAUCAAGGACGAAAACCUGCUGGUGGACCUCAGGACCGGACGGAUCAAACUCAUCGACUUCGGCUCGGGGGCCCUCCUCAAAGACACCGCCUACACCGAAUUCGAUGGCACGAGGGUGUAUAGUCCUCCGGAGUGGAUCCGGUUCCGUCGGUACCACGGUUGCUCGGCCACCAUCUGGUCGCUCGGUGUGCUCCUAUACGAUAUGGUGUGCGGGGACAUCCCCUUCGAACAGGACGAGGAGAUCCUCAGAGGACAGAUCUUCUUCAGAUGCCAAAUCUCCACAGAGUGCCAGCAGUUGAUUGGCUGGUGUCUUAGCCAGCAGCCGUGUGACCGGCCAACCCUGGAGCAGAUUCUCCUUCACCCCUGGGUGACCGGCAGCGACAGUCCGCAGACAGACGACAGCAGCAUCACACUUCACGCAAUCACGGCCGACUCCUCGUCUUCCUCGUUGAGCCAGCAGAGCCCCUGACUGGCUAAUGGGACACUCAAGGGACGCGGCUCGGAAUUGACUGACAGCAUUGCUCUGGAGGUUCAGUGUCCCAAUGAUCGUUGGGUCGCUAUUCAAAGGAAGUGUUUGCUGUUGAUGGAGCUAGUCACGCUCACAGUUCAGGGUGCAGUUGACGCUUUGCAGCUCCACAGCAUCCCUUCCUGUUUAGAAGCAGCUCUUGUAAACACACCCGUUGUUUUUCCAUCCACUGUUACUGUUAAAGUGCCUUGCCUUUAGAAGCUUUUCUGCCCUGCGUCCUCUCUCUCACCCUCGGUCUCUGGGUGAAAAAUGCACAGUCAAUGCAAAUACUUAGUCUUGUUUUUUGAAUAUUUGUUUGCUUUUUAUAUGCAUAUUUUGUACACUUGGUGCAUUUUUAUAUAUAUUUACAGAUACAUUCCUCAUCCUGUGUUUAUUUAUUUAUCUUCUGUCUAUCCUUUUAUUAAAUAUUUAAGUUUUUAUAUUUGGUUUUCAGCUGAGAAACAAAAGUGAAGCCAGGUUUGAGUGUUAUAAUGUCAAGUUGAAAGGUUUUAACUAAUGUCUCGUGUUGUCAUUGUGUUUGUUAGUCUUUCAUGUUUUGAAUGUAAAGUAACGGCAGGAAAAAGUAUUUUUUCACGGUAUUUUUUUUACAUUAAACCUUUUGUAUAUAAACUGA